GAAUAAUCAAUAUUGUAUCUUCCUUUAGUGCCGCUCCAGUGGAAUCUGCAUCAGCUGGUUCUUCGUAUGCGAUGGGCGUCCGGACUGCAGCGACGCUUCGGAUGAGGAAUGCAACUUUUCGCUGAAAUCCAACAUCACUAACUGCCCGGAGCUAUCGUUCCGCUGCGAGAAGAGUGGCCGAUGCAUUUCAAGAGCGGGCAUUUGUGACGGUAAAGUCCAAUGCCCGCAAGGGGAGGACGAGGUAGGAUGUGAUUUCCGCAAAUCUCGACGCUGUCCGGAGCACACCUUCAUGUGUCGCAGCGGCGAAUGUCUGCCGGAGUACGAGUACUGCAAUGCGAUCAUGUCCUGCCGGGAUGGAAGCGAUGAGCCGCCCCAUCUGUGCGGAUCCCGAUCGGUGCCGAACUUUUUCGUAAAGCUUUUGUCCGGUGCAAACACCCGAAGCCGGAACUACUGUCCGCUGAGGUGCGGAAACGGAAACUGCCGUUCGACGGCCAUCGUUUGCUCCGGCAGGGAUGGCUGUGGAGAUGGAAGUGACGAAGAGAGCUGUGCCGUUUGUCGUUGCCCUGCCCCUGCUUUCGAAGAAACUGCGUCUCCGUCCAUGAUUUUACCAGUUGUUAGCCGAUCGAAACAGCGAAGCCGAACCGGAAGGAUCACCGGAAAUUGGCAGGAGUAAUAAGUCUCUAACGAGCAAACUAGAAAGUUAUGGACUUUAACUUUAGACUUCAUGAUGCAAAAAUCAAGAACAACACCAUUGCUUAAGAUUUAUUUCGUAAAUUCAAGUUGCAUAAUUUAUUCAAUUUCAAGUUUAAAGCAAUUGAAUUGAAUUUUAAAACAUUUUUUCUAUACUUAACUGUGCCAAUCUUGUUCGGAUAUUCGCCAAAAACUUAAAUAAAAAAAGAAUCUAUAUCUCAAUCUUUCAGCGUUCUAUUGAAGACAUUUUGAGCAGUUGCUUACAAAAUGACUAAGUGAGUCGAAUGAGUAUGACUGAAACAGAAAAAGUAAACAUUGUACAUAUAAUAUAAAUGACUAAAAUUAGAUUUUAGAAGUAGAGCACUUAAAUACUUAGUAAAGUUUAUCUUUAACUAAAAUAUUGAAUAUUUAUCAUGAUUAGAGAUGCUUUUAAAAGAAAACACAAAACACAUUGCAAGAAAACAAACAAAACGAAAAUAAACAUUCGGCUUUAGGAAACAAAUGUUUAAAACGAAUCUUCCGAUAGAAAGAUGAUCUUCAAGUGAAAGAUGAGAAAAAUGAAAAGUGUGGAUUGGAAACCUUGUUUUUUGGGUGUCGAGCACCCUUUGAAUGACGACUUUCAAUCAACGAACGAUUAGAAAGGAUAUGAAUAUCUUAAGGAAAAUUCUUUAAGAAAUUUCACUAUCAAAAGACAAACACGGCAAAGCAAUACCAAGACACAAACUUAAAGCAAUACGAAACAGUUUACCCAUUAGAAACUCGAAAACUAUUAUUUGAGGCACCUAGAGAACCAAUCUGUAUAAACCGAUGUUUUAUAACCAGUUUUAUUAUCUUAAGAAUAUUUAGACCCUAAGAAAAUUUUAAAUAAAAUUUCUAA